CAAGAUUUAAGAGUACAAACUUUCAAUUUACAUGUAAAGGCAAAGACAAACAUAUCAAAAUGAAAGGCAAACCGAUUGUUUAUUUUUCCGCGCGCCAUACAUUAUCACCUGCUUUUAGACGCGCGAUGAAAUCCCUUUCGCGUCACGUGACCAUAGUAGGCGAAAACGAAGACCCCGAAACAGCUUAUGCAUCGAUAAACGAUUGCGAUGUAUUUUUACUCUAUCUACACCCUGGAUUUUGCCAGAAACUUUUCCUGAUCUACGAACUUGGUGUCGCAUUGGUUCUACGAAGACCUAUCGUCGUCAUCCGAGAAACAGACUUGAAAUUCUCCGAAAUUUCCAUCCCCAAUCAUUUCUAUGACAUUAAACUUCUGAUACCGCCAAGUAAAAGUGGUCCAUUCCAAACUUGCAACGUUUUUGGAAAGACCUAUAACUCGCCGCUAGCCUUGGGGGACGUUUUGACGUACGGUUACGAGAAUUCGGUGGUUUUUUGCCCCGAAUUGCAAGCUAAAUGCAUUGCAUUGCUACUGGACAAGAUUUUUAGCUUAUCUCGGGAGCUAGGGAGUUUACUUAAAAGACGCAACAAUUCUGCUGUUAACAUAAAAUUACAAAACAGCAAGUCAAUGUUGGGCGUACAUGGCUAUUCGAAACAAGCAGAAUACGGCUUUAGCAAAGACAAAAUAUCUUUGCUUCCAUUAAACGGAUAUGAAAAUGACAAAUUAAAAACCAAUUCACUUCUUAAUGAACGCAAACUGGAGAAAUUAAGCUCUAAUGAAAAAAGAACAUCAAUUAAUGACACUCCAGAAAUUAGCAUCAAUCACCUUGGUGGCCAAGAUCAACAUUUCACGGAUAACACCUCGGAAAACCCGUUUGAACCAGUCAAUCCGGUUAUAUACGAGUUUCAAGAUCCAUCGCAAGAAGACGCGGACGAGGGCCUGGUUAUGAGCGACUCGUCGUCAACCUGUGAUGUCACGUAUUUGAAUGAUAAGACUUUUAUUGCGUCAGCAAAUACGUCACCACUACCAAGCCCCAUUGCCCCCCGAGAAAUUUAUUACCCAACAGCCCUGCCCGUGUAUCCAAUGGAAUUAUGUUUCCCGCCAUUUCAGAUUGAGAAAUUGCAUUUUGAUAAGCACGCUUUACAGAUUGCCAAAGCAGACAAAUUGCCCUCCAUUGUACGACGAAGAAUCAUGAGAAAAGAAUUGUAAAUUGGCAGAGAGCAGAACCAGAUGUGAUUGGUUAAUCGGGUGGAUUAAACGCAACUGAUUGGUUAAUGUCCCUUAAUG